AUGGCUUAGUAUCGACCAUUGAAUGAUGGUUAGUAGAACUUCACAUAGGCUACAAAUCCUCAGAUUAUUGCAGGUUUCUAAGCUUUGAGAAUGAGUGUCGAUUUGGGAAUGCAGCAGAGCGAGUCAGCUCGUAAGAGCUCCAUGAAAGCACAAGCUCUAGUUUCUAGACAAAGUCAAAUGCUUAACCAGAUGAAAGAAUAAAAAAUUAUGGUAAAGGAUGUCAUAGUACCAGUGGACGCUCCAACUAAUACAAAGCCAGAUAUUCUUAAAAAGGCUUAAAAUAAGGGAGAAGAGUACAGGAACAUGGAUGAGCAUAAGGUGGAUGUAAUGACUUUAGCGAACAGAUUGGGAACAAGCAAAGACGAAGGUUUAUCUGAUGACUAAGCUGUGUAAAAGAAUCAAUAAUAUGGUGAUAAUAAAUUAUCAGAAAAAGCGAAGACUCCAUGGUGGAUCAAAUUGAUUAAAGAGAUGAUUUAACCAUUUUCAAUUUUGUUAUGGAUAGCAUCCUUUGCAUGUUUUGCUUUAUAUGGUGUGAAUCCAGAUGCCCUCGGAGCAAAGUCGAACUUGUGGUUGGCAAUCAUUUUAAUUGCAAUUAUCUUACUAACAGGUUCUAUUACCUACAAUCAAUCUGCUAAGGCCGACGCUUUGAUGGAAGGCUUUAAGAAUUUCUUGCCUUAAAAUUGUAUAGUAAUUAGAGGAGGACAGAGGAAACAGGUCCCAGCAGAGAAGAUAGUGCCAGGAGAUAUAGUGGAAGUGAAGAUGGGAGACAAAAUCCCAGCAGACAUCAGAAUUAUACAAUCUCGAGAGAUGAAGGUGGAUAACUCUGCAUUGACAGGAGAAUGUGAUCCAUUAUUGAGAGUGACUGAAUGCACAAGUGAGAAUCCUUUGGAAACAAAGAACUUGGCCUUUUUUGGAACAUUAUGUAAAGAAGGAUCCGGAUUGGGAAUGGUUAUUUAAAUAGGUGACAAGACUAUCAUGGGUCAGAUUGCAGAUUUAGCAACUGGAGGAGAAACACCAGAAACACCAUUGAAUAUUGAGUUGAAGAGGUUCGUUAUUUUGAUUUCUUGUAUUGCUGUUGGUUUGGGUGUCUUAUUUUUGAUUCUCUCAUUGGUUGUCGAAAAGGCAUCAGUAGAUACUGCUGUUGGUUUAAGCUAUUGGUAUUAUUGUUGCAAAUUUUCUUUGGCUAUCACUGCAAAAAGAUUGGCAGAUAAAUAGGUGUUGGUGAAGAAUUUGGAAGCUGUUGAAACUCUUGGAUCAACAAGUUGCAUUUGUUCAGAUAAAACAGGAACCUUGACUUAGAACAAGAUGAGUGUUGAAAAUGUAUGGUAUGAUGGAUUGAAGAGGAGAGCGUUGAAUAGAUUGAUUGCAGGAAAGAAUGCUGAAUAUGAAUAUGAAACUAGUGAUCCAACAUUUAGAGAUUUACACGAUUGUGCUAUCAUUACCAGUGAAGCUAAGUUUAAUAUUCAAGCUAAAGACAAACAAAAUAUCAAUUGGUUAGACACUCCAACUAUAGGAGAUGCCUCUGAAACAGCUUUGAUCAAGUUCUUUUAACCAAUCGAAGACAUUGAAUUAACAAGACAAAGAAGAUAAUUUGCAGAAUUGCCAGAUAAAUCAUUGGCUAAAAUGCCAUUCAACUCAACCAACAAGUUCUCUCUUUGUAUUGUCAAUUGGGAAACUCAUGAUUCCUACUAUUGUGUUUACAUCAAGGGAGCACCUGAAAAAUUGUGGACAUUUUGCAGUUACCUUUUGGUCGAAGGUAGAAAUCAACCUAUUGAUGAAUAAAUUACCUAGAAAUUCAAAUAAGUCAACUUAGCCUUCGGUAGAGGUGGAGAAAGAGUGCUAGGAUUUGCUAAAUUGCACUUACCAAGAGCUGAAUAUCAUAAAGGAUAUUAAUUCAAUUUGAAUUCAGUUGACACACUUAAAUUUAAAUUAGAAGGAUUCACCUUCUUGGGUUUAUUAUCUUUGAUGGAUCCUCCUAAAGUUACUGUACCUCAAGCUAUCAAAAAAUGUUAAUCAGCCGGUAUUAAGGUUAUUAUGGUUACUGGAGAUUAACCACCCACUGCAGGUGCUAUUGCUAAAUAAAUUGGUAUCAUCACUGGUAAGACUGUUGAUGAUCUUUUGGAUGAGAAUCCUUCAAUGUCAUAUGAAGAUGCUUUUAGAUAAGCUCCAGCCAUCGUUAUCCAUGGUGAUUUAAUUGUUUAAGCACUUGAAGAAGAGGCUUCAUAAGGUGAAAAUUUACCUGAACAUUUGAAGGAUAGAAAACUAAGAAGUUGGUGCAGUAAACCUUAAGUUGUAUUUGCUCGUACAUCUCCAGCUUAAAAACUGAUGAUUUCGGGAGUUACAGGAGACGGUGUCAAUGAUUCACCAGCUAUCAAAUAAGGUGACAUUGGUAUUUCAAUGGGUAUAAGUGGAUCUGAUGUUACUAAAGAUGCUGCAGAUAUGAUCUUAUUGAAUGAUGACUUUGCUUCAAUUGUUGACGGCGUAGAAGAAGGAAGAAAGAUCUUCGAUAAUCUUAAAAAAACUAUCGUCUAUCUUCUUACAUCUAAUAUUACUGAGGUGUUCCCAUACGUAGGUGAAAUCGCUAUUGGAUUACCACUUCCAUUGAGUAAUGCCUUUAUUCUCACUAUUUGUAUUGGUACUGACAUUCUACCUGCUAUUUCCUUUGCUUACGAAGAAGCUGAAAUUGAUAUCAUGACUCGUAAACCAAGAAAGAAGGAUGACCAUUUAGUGUCUCUUAGAUUGAUCACUCAUGCCUAUCUAUUAUAAGGAGUCAUAGCCACAUCUGCAGGAUUCUUUAGUUAUUUCAGUACAAUGAAUGAAUAUGGAUUUCCUCCAAAACUCAUUCUUAGUUUUAUGAACACACCAUACUAGUAAAUCCCCUGGGCUCCAAUCACUCUUGCAAAUGGGCAACCAUAUGCUCCACCUCCUACAAGUUGGGUUUGGGAUAUGCCUAAUAUGAACAAUCCAUUCUUAACAUAGCAGCCUUACAGUCCUAAUUGGUAAAUGGCACCAGUAUUGGUUCCCCCAUCAGAAAAUCAGAUUUAAGAUACAGUUGGAUUCUAAAACAUUCCAUUGAAUUGGAUUAAUCCAGAACUCAUCUAUUAUGAUUUGAGAUACAUCUUCGUUACUUAUAAUUCCACAUCCAAUAGAUGGUUCCCUGUGUUUGAGGAAUGGAACAACCAAUUUUCUGAUCAAUUGUGCAGAUACUUUGAUAGAUCAGAUUCACUUCUUGAAGGAUCUGGAUAUCCAAUCAAUACAAAUGCUUGCUUCAAAACUGCAGCCCUUAAAUAUGCCUAAACUUCCUAUUUCGUUGCUGUUGUCUUGGUCUAAUGGUCUAAUGUGUUCUCAUGCAAAUAACGUAAAAUGUCUUUGAUUUAUUCGCCAAUCAAUAAUGUCAUGUUCUACGGAGUCAUCCUUGAGACCAUCAUUUUCCUUUGCAUCGUGUACAUUCCAGGAGUCAAUACCUGGUUUGGUGCCAGACCAGUAGAUAUACUCAAUUUGGGAAUGCCUGGACUCCCAUAUUCCAUGUGUCUAUUUUGUUGGGAAGAAAUGCGUAAAUACUUCAUUAGAAACCUUCCAAAAGACGAGCAAAUACGAACCAAACUUCUUUGAAGCAAAUUCACGGUAUGGUGAGUGUACGGUAGUGACAUUAAUAUAAAUAAUAAAAUUUGUAUAGAAUUAUUUUAUAAA